CUUAAGCUCCUGGAGUUCGGAAUAACUAUACUCCUGAUCCCCCCCUCUCCACAUGCUGACUCAUCCAGAUAUCGUCACUUCUCCAGCGGCCUUGAGCCGGGCAAAAUAAUCAUUUCCAGACCGUCACCUCUUCACGUCAACUCCCAAUCCGCCUCCUGUUUCUUUGCCAACCAUCUUAGACUCUAGAAGCAUCUCAUUUAGACGGCGAUCCCCUUGAUUCUGCAUGUUCAUCUUUUUGUUGUCCUUUUCAACUGAACUUUACUGCAUCGGCUAUUGCCGUGUUCCUUAGUUCCUCCCUCCCUUUGAUGCCCCUCCUCCACGACACAAAAGGACAGCCUGCUUUCUGAUUAGUUUAACUUCCUACUUCUCAUAUAUCCUCCUUCAUUUGUCGUACACCUACCCGAAAGUCUUCUUAAAUACAUCCAUCUCCCUAAAAAGCAAAGAAGACAACACAAACACCCUCCUUUGCCAUGGCGGACGACGCGGUGGCAGGGUUCACUGAGAUCACGGGUUCCUCCCCAGAGGUCGCCGCCCGGUACCUGCAGUUGACCGACGGCAACCUCGAAACCGCUAUGCAGCUGUACUUCGAGAAUGGAGGCGCUGAUAUCCAACAGGAACCCACCCCUUCACAACACCAAAUUCCUACUUCUCAUUCUCCUCCGCCUGUUCCUCCACCCUCAUCACGACCCUCACGCCCACCACCAGGCUACGAAGACGAACACGGCGUUGUCCAUUUGGACUCUGAUGACGAUUAUAACGAUAUACAUGGAGGAGGCACGAAUAUCCCCGUACGGACAUCACGCCAGUCAGCUUCCUCUGCCGGUCAGCCACCACCACAACCCGCAGGGUAUUCUACAUUUGACGAUGACGAAGCCAUGGCGCGCCGUUUACAAGAAGAAUUUUAUGCUGGUGCUGAGAGUUUUGGUCCCGCAGGCGGGGGCGGUGUACGCGCUCCCUUGGCCCGAACAACGGAGACCCUGGUCGGGCCUGGUAUGGGGUUUGAUGCCGAAGAUGGUCUGGAUGAUGCCGUGAUGCGUCAGUUGCGGGCUAGGCAGCAAGCUAGAGGAAGUAGACCGGGCAUUUUCAACCAAAGACCCGUCUCAUCGUCGAUCUGGAAUCAGGAUGAUUCGGCGUCACAUCGGGCAUCCUUAGCAGAGGCUACGGGUGGAGCUUCCAACGCCUCUAUCAAAUCUAGUAUGCUUGCUGAAAUGUACCGUCCACCCUUUGAGAUCAUGUCGAAACUCCCCUGGGACCUGGCCCGGGAUGAAGGUCGGGAAAAGAUGAAAUGGUUGCUAGUCAACAUCCAGGACGCAUCUGUUUUCGAUUGCCAAGUUCUAAAUAGAGAUCUCUGGAAAAACCCGGGCGUUAUGGAGACAGUAAAAGAGCAUUUCAUAUUCCUGCAAUACUCCAAGGACGACCCGCGCGGCUCGCAGUAUAUUCAAUAUUACUUCCCCGGCUUCGACGUGCAAGGUAACUAUCCACAUAUCGCGAUUGUUGACCCACGAACGGGCGAGCAAGUAAAAGCAUGGACUGGACGCCCAGUCAUAAAGCCGUCGGAUUUCCUAAUGCAAGUCCACGAAUUCCUGGAUCGCUACAGUUUAGACCAUACUGUGCGGAACCCCGUUGCCAGGCGGAAACCAGAAGUGAAGCAGGAGCGCCAGCUCGAAACCAUGACUGAGGAGGAGAUGUUGGAAAUGGCCCUGAAGAAUAGUCUGGAAGGCCAGAGCCAGAAAGACGCGAAGAGCAGAUAUGAGGAUCCCGACGAUCUGACGAGGAGCAUUGGCGAUAUCAAAGGAAAGGGGAAGGUAUCAAACCUAGACGAGGAUAUGGACGUCGACGCAGCACCAAACGGUCGACAGCAACAAGAAGAAGAAGAAGAAGAAGAGGAAGCGGACGAGUCCCGCCAAAACCCGACCUUCGCCUCCAUCCCAUCUAAUAACCCCCACACAGAGCCCAGCCCAGACCCAGCAACUGUAACCCGAAUCCAAUUCCGCCACCCAACCGGCCGCGUGAUCCGGCGCUUCAACCUAUCCGACCCCGUCCGGCGCAUCUACGAGUGGCUGAAGGCGUCACCGUUGUCGGAGGAUAAGGCUGGGGUGGAGUUUGAGCUAGUCUCGAUGGGCCAGAAUUUGAUUGGGCUGUUGGAUGUCUCGAUUUCGGAUGCGGGAUUGAAGAAUGGGACGGUUAUGGUUGGGUUUGUCGAGGAUUGAUUUCUAUGUGCAGAUGUGUGGAAGCAGGUAGCUUUUAGGGAGUGAGGAUAGGGAUGGGAUUGUGGUAAUGGAAAUGGAGAUGACAAUGAUACCGGCAAACUGGAAUUGGCACCCAUGUUGCAACAGGAACAGGAAUAGGAACUGGAACUGGAAUUGGCGCUGGCUUUAUUGAAAUUGGUAGUGAUGAGCAUUCAUAGACCAAAUGAAUCAUUCAUCUUCUGAUGAGUGACUUUGUCUUUUCGGGAUAUGGCAUUCUUGUUGAAGUGGUCUCUCUAGAACCAAAAAUGAAAUGCUUCAAAAAGGAAUUAAUGCAGAAGUCAGCAUGCUAUGUAUAAAAUAAUGCGUAACUAUAAUUUUUGGGCCUAAGUUGCUAUGAAUGGAUGGCAAUUGUUGUUUAUUAUUUCUAUAAUCCGCAUUCCGUAGCCUAACCUACUCUACUGCACAGAUGGGGACACAUAAUAGAUUGAAAGGCAUGUGACUGUAGUCCAUCAUUUGUAAGAACUAACCAAGUUCUUUUGAGAUUAUAAAAUAAAUG